GUAUAUGAGACUGGAAUAGCCCAAGCGCUACACUUCAGUUUAGUGAGGCUGUUGGAAUGCAUGUGGUCCAAGUGCGGAUCGAGGCGUGCUGUGAUUGGGCAUGUGAACUUGAGCGGCAAAGGCAAAGACGCUUUAAAGCGACUCGGACUACGAUCUUAUUAAUUAUGUGGUUCUAGAUUAAACGUUCGAACUGAUACGUAGGAUGCUUAAUGAGUGAUGAGCGCAAACUUGGUUGGUCGUGGUGAGAACUACCUUGUAUGACCAAGUACAUGACAACCUGACGUCAACACGCGAGUCUCACAACACCAACUCAGUUCAACCAUUCAACUUACUGUGAACUCAGGCAUGGGGACACCUGCAGCCGCGUCUGUGCCAGCGCCACAGGCGAGCUCUCACUUUUCACUCGAGCCCAUCUCGGCAUCGGUCUUGUCCGACAAGGAAGCCCGGCGCCGCGAUGCCGCCACGGCUCUGGGCUCAUGCAGAACGGGAUGCGCCGACCUGGAUGACUAUGUCUUGCUUGGCGGGUUUGAGCGCGGGAGCGUCGCGGGUUUGAGUGCGGAGGAUGAGGAGAUGGGUGUACAGCUGGGCCUGCAGACCCUGGCGCACUCGCUGUGCGGCGAAGGCAGCGUCACGAGCGGGCUGGUCGUCACGCCCAAGCCGGCCAGUGCAAUCCUGGGCGGCCUGAGAGAUGCAGUGAGAGCAGAGCUACAGGCGAGAGGGACGGCGCAGAGGGAGGUUGCGGGACGCACGAGGGAGUGUCUGGAGCGGGUGAUGCUGUCGUGCGUGUUUGACCUUGAUGGGCUGUGGGAGGUGUUGGCGGAUCUGGACCGGCCGGCGGACAGCGGGAGUGUGGAGGAGAGGCGAAAGGAAGACGAGGAGGAGCGAGAGAAUGUCCAAGAGGAAGGGAAUGCUAACGAGGGCGAGGAAGACAGGACCAUGGUGGACGAGAUUGGCGACAGCCAGGAGGACGAUGACGACGAACUGCCACUCCCAGCUCCCCAACCUCGACUUCAACCACAGUCCAAACCACAGCCCAAACCAGAGACGCCACCACUCCCCGACAUCAUCAUCAUCACCCACUUCUCCUCCCUGCUGACCAGCCUCUUCACCCACCGCGAGAAAGCCGCCGCCCACUCGGCCCUGCAGCUCCUGGGCACCCACCUCCGCGACCUCACGCGCAACCUGGCCAGCAGCCCGCUGGUGCUGCUCCUCAACUCCACGUCAUCGGCGGCGCCCUCGCCGGCCGACAGCGGCAGCGGCGCCGCGAAGAAGGCCGCGCCGGACCCCACCCUCCGGUCCAUCUUCAACCCGCCGCCGCCGCCGCCGGCGGGCUACGCCGCGCACGCCGGGACGCCGGCCUCGACGCGCCGCAGCAAGCCCAGCUUCGGGCUCGUCUUCGCGCAGCUGCUCGACCUGCACCUGCUCUGCACGCGGAUCCCGCGGGGCAGAGACGAUGCCGAGGCUGCGGCCGCGGCGUUCCACCACCGUCACGCUGUCGCCGAUGGCGGUGCUGCGCUGGUGGCGGGCGUGAGCACCGUCUGGGUCGUCGAGGUGCUGCUGGACGACAUGGGCGUGUGGGAAGGCCGCAAGGGCGCGCGGCGGGAUCGCGAGCAGAGAUGGACGGCGGUGGAUGUCGAGGGGGCGAGGGUCAAGGAAGCCUUCCUGGAGAGGGAGAGGGUGGUUGGCGAGGUGAGGCUCGCGGGAGGGUUUGGGGGACGAAGGGUAUAG